AUGUCUUUGUUACAAUAUGGCUUUAAAAGUCAGAGAAUUAGUGAUAGUUCGUCUCAAAAAAAUGAGCAAAAUUCUAAAAAUCCUCAAGAAAAUUUGAAAAAUUCCAAUGUAGAUAAAACAUUUAAAAUCAAAUGGUUAUCAAAACUUUCUUGGUUACAUUAUGAUAAUAAAAAAAUGUUUUGUACAAUUUGUGUUAAACAUAAGAUGAAAAAUAAGUUUGCUACAGAAGGUGUAACAAAUAUCUCAAAAAAAUCAGCAGUUAAAGAGCAUGUAAAAUGUAAAGAUCAUAUUGAAGCAAAAAAAUUAGAAACAGCACAUUUGCCUCUUCGGCUUUUACCUUCCAUCAUUGAAAUGAUGAAAGAAUCAGGAACACCACAUAUAUCUGAUGGUUUAAUUACAUAUACAAACGAGAUUUCAGGACAUGAAUUUUUAAUGGCAAUAGCUAAAACUAUUGAAGAUAAAAUCUGGAGUGAAUUGUCCGAUGCUGUAGCAUUUGGAAUAAUGAUUGAUGAAAGUACAGAUAUUAUAACAACCAAACAUUUAGAUAUAUAUGCUUUAUAUGUAGCUAAAAAUGAAAUAUUUAAAACACAUUUUUUAUGUCUUUUACCUUUAACUGAUUGCGAUGCAGAAAGUAUUACACAGGUUUUAAUUAAUCUUUUCAAAAAGAAGGGAAUUUUAUCUAAACUUGUAGCAUUUGUCUCAGAUGGUGCUUCAGUUAUAUUAGGAAAAGAUGAAGGUGUUGCAGCAAAGCUUUCAAGAGUAUGUACUUAUCCUUUAAUUGUUAAUCAUUGUGUGGUUCAUAGGUUAGCUUUGGCAUGUAAAGAUGUGGGAAAAGAAAUUGAAAUUUAUAAAGAAGCUGAAUUAUUAGUUAAAAAAAUUUAUGGUUACUUUAAAAAUUUAUGUUCACAUAUCCAACAAUUAAAAGAAAUUCAAAAUCUUUUAGAUUGUCCUAUUUUAAAAAUAAAGAGAUUAUAUGAAAUAUGUUGGCUUGCAUGA